AUGGUACUCGUGACUGUCGGGACCAGCGUAGCAAUUGACACGGAUCCGUCAUUUCCAGGUACGUCUUCAAUUGCUGUUGCGGCAUCACUCAAUGAUGUUCCAGAAGUCAAUAAGACCUUGUCAGCGCCUCAAGCCCAGGCGACACUCAAGCCAAUUCUCAGCCAAUGCAGCGAGGAAGAAACCCAAGCCUUCAGACGCGCAUACAUCUUAACCGGGUUACAAUUGACCCAAGCAAUGAUUGCCGCCGACGGGCCACUCUACGACUUCUUCUUCGCCCGUAUGCCAGGCAAAGCAUACCUAAGCAACCUAUUUGCCAAGAUAUUGCGAGGAGGGCGACUUCCCAGCACGAACAUCCCACCCACCAUCGUCUGCGCAACGAGCGUCGAAAAGCUCGCCGCGUAUCCGAAAGUAGAACUCAGAGUUCUGAGGCAGUGCUUUGACAAAGGGAGCUACUUCGUCGCACAGCCCGACGCUCCGUACCACGCGUUGUUUCUGUGUAAAGCUUGGUUUCGCGAGCAAGUCACUCCUUCGCCGGUGGCUGUGUGCCCACAACUUCGCAAUAAUCGGUACUUGUCCCAGGGCGAGUUUCCGGUUGGUCAGAGUAGUAUUCUGUUGAUUGGGCUGGCGGAGGUUUAUGCGAGUUUUGUGAUUGGUACGGAUAAUAUCAAUCAGUUCUGGAGUCUUAAUAUUGCUAUUCAGGGGAGGCAGGAUUAUACUUUCCUCAAUAUUGGGUGUUUCCUUUAUAUGGCGCUCAAUGGCUGUAACCAGGUGUCGCAGUUGCCAGAUCUUACUAAACCUCCGUGGAAUCAGGAUUCAGGACGUGGCUUCGUUAGCAUUGGCACAGAUUAA